GGCUGACACUGUAUAAAAGAGCCUCCGUGGAUGUAAGCAACGUUCUCCAGCUUUCAUCGCACAAUCAUAGAAACGGUACAGCAAACCGUUGGGGCCAUUGAGAUCGAGAAGAAGGAAGUAGAAAUAUUGCUAUGGAAAGCGGAACGCCCAGUGCGGGAAAUCCCAGCGAGUCGUCUCACAUUCGGCCCAGAAUACGAUCGACGAGGAGCAAUUACUCGCAUGCCACAUCGAUAAAAGCUACAGAUAAAGCAAUUUCGUCCCAGAUUAAUGUGGCAUUGCAGAGACACGUACCAGAAUCCAAAACCGCUACAAAUUUGAACUCGGAUAAGUAUUCCACAGCAACUAGUCAAGCCAGUAUACCCAAGAGUAUUUUGAAAGCGCCUAAGUUUUCGGGGAAACAAGCUUUCGUUGGGGUUACACACUAUGAGGAGAGUCCACAAUCGUGCAGAAUACCAAUACCUGGGCCCCCCAUUGUGCAAGAAGUCGUGGUCGAAAGACCCCGACACAAGUCCAGCCUCGUGGAAUCAUCGUCGGUCACCGGUACGAACGCGACGAAGAACUUCGUCGCCAGAACAACGCCUGUGACAGCCGUGGAACAAAUCCACCCAUUUUCCAAAUUUCCGACUGCAGUUGAAGGUUUCGUACCGCGAUCCGAGACUCUCCCUUCUGAUGUUGAACAGCAACUACGAAGGAAGUUGUCGGAAACCCACAUCGGGCAAGUGGAUGAUAAGGCUGAGCGCCUAUGUCUCGGUGGUGAAGUGACGGGCACCAAGAAUGUAACUUUAGAACAGCAUACCGAGGAGGAGGGUUACGGGGAGCCACUUGUCUUCAGCAGUCUGGCCGAUUUGAUGGAAGCCGCUGGUACUUUGCCGGAUCCCCACGAUCAAUCCCCGCCUUCAGUCAUUGAAGCCGACCUCUCUUUCGCGUGCAUGGAUCCCGAAACUUAUCAGGAGGAGAAGCAACAAGAAUUACAGCAGCACUAUGAAAUAUUUCUGGGAUACGGUCCCAUUGAAGAUCUCAAUUUACAGUCAGACCAAGACAAAGAGAAUUCCGAAGACGAUGAAGCAUCUGAUGGCGGAUUAUGGGAUAUUCUGGGAGAUAAUGAAGAAGGCAUGGACGAGACCACAUCAAUACCUGCCGUUGAGCCUCGAAUCUUUCUAGACUUCUGGAACAUGCUUUCGCAAUGGAUAACACCCCAAGCUGUCGAGUAUGUUCGCUUUCUGCAGCAGCAAUCUCGUUUGGGUGAAACGUUCAGAGCGCAUGCUGAUCCUCGGGACGAUGUAAGUGCCUCCCGUUGCGCUGGUCUUAUGGCAGUUUUGCAAAUGCAUGUGCCACGAAUGCUACAGGAACUUGGGCAAUCUCCGGCAUUGCUCAGAUUAAUGCACCAGCGCUUGGCGGAUUUACUGCGAACCUGGGACUUUUGCCGGCCAUCACCUAAGCUCGAUACUGCUAAAUCUCGUGCCCUGACGUGCAUUUUAUUGGAAACGGUUCUUGUUCGAGACGAUCUAACCCAAGUGCCGGACAGCUGUGAAGCUAUUGGUCUUUCUCUGGCCGAAUACAAGUAUUUGUCGAAAUCAGCCAUAGUGAAUUUCGGGACGCCAGAUGCUCCCUGACCAAAAAGUCGGCUUUGCCCUUGGCAGUGAUCAGCAAGAUAGAAGUAUUGCAAUAUUCUGUCAAUCACUUAUUCACUCUCAAAUGGGUGGAGAUCAACAAAUGUAAAUAGUAACAUUAAUAUGAUAACUUUUGCAAGUGUUUUGAGCCC